AGGCAGAGAGAAGGAGAGGCUGAACAAAGAGAGAGGGAGGUGAGGGGGAGACGAGCAGACUGGAAGUCUCAGUAGGGUUGACUGGAAAAUAUUCAAGGCUGUAAAGUCACUAUUGCCAGAGUUUACAGAUAGAAAACAUAUUCACUCAGCAUGCAGGAGCAAAGACACUUCAGCAGAAAAGCUGUGGCAACUUGGUGCCUGGUGCUCAUUGUGCUUGUCCAGCAGGUGACUUCUAGUCCUGUUCCAGAGCUGGGCAGCAGCUCGGGUUCUCUGAAAGGAGCUCAGAGGUCACUCAGGAGGUCAGCUCGCAUGACGCCUCUUUGGAGGAUCAUGGGCACUAAACCCUAUGGAGCCUAUUGCCAGAAUAACUUUGAGUGUACCACAGGCUCAUGCAGGGAUGGCCACUGUUCCUUCAUCCAUCAAAUUCAGUCCUAAGAGUGGGAAAUGUUUCUACAUCUCCAGCCCAAGUGAGGAUGACUGUCCAGCCCCUGCAUGAAAACCUAUUUUUACCUGGUGGAAUCAGACAAAGGGCUCGAUUCAGUCAGCAGUAAGGGUAAAAUGUAACAUGUAGCGCAGUGUGUCCGAAGGCAGGCUAAACAAAGAGUAGGUUAGAGUGUUUGUGUCUACUGAUAGGCAAAACAAAAUGGUCUGAAGUUUUUAGGUGGGCAUGUUACUCAUAAUAAAUUAUAAUCAUAUUAGCUCAUAAUACUGUAUGUAUCUCUCCAGUGUAUCAACAUAGACCUCAUAACCUACAGUACAGUAUAUUUAUACUACUACAUUAUGUCUUCUAUUUAAUAACAAAUCUUUCUAAUGUUUUCUGACCAAGGUCAGCAUAUUUUAUGUACUACACAUAUAUCAGAUUUCAGGUGGUGCUAGUGAUGGAGGUGUAAUGGGUACAGUACUGGACAAACAUUAAGCCUAGAAACUGGUUAUUUCCAGGAAAGCAUUCAUUAGUAUUAGAUCAUGCCAUGAGUGGAUGCUAUGCAAGUAGAUCUGGCAGCAUGUUGUAAGUACAGAUUGUGCAGAGUUUCAACCUGAGUGUCAAUGAACUACAGAUAUUCUGGGGUAGAAAAGGGAGAGAAAGCAUGAACAAAAGUGCAAAGGUAGCCUCUGUCAGCUGAGGGAAGCUAUUAAUAAUGUCAUGUUGCUCAUAUCAGUUUCAGUUCUAAUGUUUUUCAGGUUUUUUUUUAACAUAACUGAACGCUUUUCUAUUUAUGUAACUGCUGAUCCAGAACUGACCUUUGUCAUACAUCUUGACUGACAUAACUGUCAAUUUUCAAAUGUCCUUCUAUGUUCCAGAUAAUUUAUUUAUUAUAUUCCUUAUAUACUCAUUUUGUAGUCUUCAGCUGAGGCUUUUCACUGGCUCAGAAAGUAAGAAAUGUUCUGAUACUGUAACCUUAGUCAGGUAUUUAGAUAAGUCAUCCUUGAAUCUGUGUGUACUGUUUGUGUGCUUUCAAUAUAGUACAUUUUCCUGUUAUGCAUGCUGCAUGUGAUAUUUGAAUGAAACAUUAUUAAGUAAAUAAAAACACUUUUAUAUGA